CCUCAGCGGUGUCGGAGAAAGAGACUGGAGAGCAAAGUGGACUUGUUGCUGCAGCCUCUGAUGAGUCGGCCCCGUCCCCGCUCUCCAGCACGCAGCCCAGGCCGAGGCCCUUCGGCAACCCGCCCCGCGCUCCGACCCAGCCUCUCUGGAGUCCGCUGGCCUCGCGGACCUUUUCUCUGUCGCUCGUGUUUCCGGGCGGAUGACGCUGAGGAACGCUUUAGAGCCGAAGUUGCGAGGACCUGGAAGAGGGCAGGCGUGAGCAACCAUGGCCGGACAGCACCUCCCGGUAACCCGGCUGGAGGGCGUUUCUCGGGAGCAGUUCAUGCAGCACCUCUACCCACAGAGAAAACCUCUGGUGUUGGAAGGGAUUGAUUUGGGGCCAUGUACAAGCAAAUGGACAGUGGAUUACCUAAGCCAAGUUGGAGGGAAGAAAGAAGUAAAGAUUCAUGUUGCUGCAGUUGCACAGAUGGACUUCAUUAGUAAGAACUUUGUAUAUAGAACUUUACCUUUUGACCAGUUGGUCCAGAGGGCAGCUGAAGAGAAGCAUAAAGAAUUCUUUGUUUCAGAGGAUGAGAAAUACUACUUACGGUCACUUGGAGAAGACCCUAGAAAGGAUGUUGCAGAUAUCAGAAAGCAGUUUCCUUUGUUGAAAGAAGAUAUUAAGUUUCCAGAAUUCUUCAAAGAGGAACAAUUCUUUUCCAGUGUUUUUCGAAUUAGUUCACCAGGAUUACAACUAUGGACUCAUUAUGAUGUAAUGGAUAAUUUGUUAAUACAAGUGACAGGAAAAAAGCGUGUUGUACUCUUCAGUCCUCGAGAUGCCCAGUAUUUAUAUUUAAAAGGUACUAAAUCAGAAGUACUGAAUAUAGAUAACCCAGACUUGGCUAAAUAUCCACUUUUUUCCAAGGCUAGAAGAUAUGAAUGUUCCCUUGAAGCUGGUGAUGUAUUAUUCAUUCCUGCUUUAUGGUUCCAUAAUGUAAUUUCUGAAGAGUUUGGAGUGGGAGUGAAUAUCUUUUGGAAGCACCUUCCAUCUGAAUGCUAUGAUAAGACAGAUACCUAUGGAAACAAAGAUCCUACAGCAGCAUCAAGAGCUGCACAAAUUUUGGACAGAGCCUUGAAAACACUGGCCGAAUUACCAGAGGAAUAUAGGGACUUCUAUGCACGACGAAUGGUCCUACACAUUCAAGACAAAGCCUACAGCAAGAACUCUGAGUAAAUAAUGAAGUGAAUGCAAUGUACAUCAACACUUUAGUAAGGUAUAACGAUAUAAAUUAUUUUGUUAAAAUAGGAAAGAUACAUCAGAUUUACAGAUUAUGUAAGUAUGAAGGGGUAUUUGUGUGCAUUCUACUUGAUACAGAUUGUUAUAAUUAAAGAAUGCUGUGCUCAGACCACUAUUUAACAUUCAGAUGCUGACCACUAAAAGUCCAACUUAAAAUGACUUAAAAACAGUAAGAAAAUAUAUUGAAUCACAAUACAUGAAAUCUAUUGACAGAAUGGGCUGCAGUGUUUCUGAUCCAGUGAUUCAGUAAUGUCAUCAAGAACCUUGGGAGCCCGUCUCCACACCCCACCCCCUUUUCAACCACAACAUUGGCAUCAUCCUAAGGCUGGCUACCCUCGUGGUCAUGGGAUGAUUGCCAGUAGCAGUUGGAGCCUUGUGCAUCUUCAUUUACAUGCAGCGGAAGAGUCAGGCUGGAUUCCAGGGGCCCCGUCCUAAUAUGAGAAAGCUUUCCCAGAAUUCAUUUUCCAUAUCCUUAGGUCUCAUUGCUCUAAAGUAACUUAGACCUGUCCAUCCCUAAGCCAGUCACUGGCAAAGAGUCUGGAAUAACCUUUACGGCAGUCAGGUCCACUGGAGCUGAGAGUAGAAGUGGAGACCACAUGAGGGAUAUAUGGGGGCAGAAAGGGUAGUUUUUUUAAAAAUCUUGGUUCUGAUAGGAAAAACAUGAGCAACCAACAGUAUUUAUUACAUUUGCCUAGAAGCAGAAUUUUUUGAGGAACUUUAAAAAAUGUACAGAUACCUAGGUCCCAACUUUGUAGACGGAUUCAUGUUUGGGAUUUGGUAUAGGAACUUAGUAGACCUCAUAGGGUGUUUUGAUGCAUAAUCAGAGCUGAGAUCAACUGAACUUGAUGAUAGUGACUUGGAUUAUUAGUUUUGUGAUUAGUCCAAAACAAAUGUUUAAUCUGAUCUUGACUUUUCUUGCCACCCAGUAUGUCAGGUCUGUCUUUUUUUUGGUUUUCGAAUGUUAGAAAAUAAAUGUUUUAAUUUAUACUUAUGUCUAAACCUUAGCCUAAUUAAAGAUUUCCCAACUUUUUUCUCCACUUACCCCUUUUUUAAAAGAAAAAAUUACUUAAAGAAUGAAUAAAUGAGAUCCUAAAAGUGUUGUCAUUGAAGACAGUGAGCCAUUGUGUGUGGAUCUCUGCUUUUCUUUUUGUACCUAGUAAUUAUAUUGCAGUGUCAUUGAAGACCAGAUAAUCUUCGCUGAACAUAAAUGUGUUCAUCUAAAGCAAUCUCUUAGUACAUCAAUUUGGUGCAUUUUAAUUAGAGAAAAUCAUUUUCUCUAUUGAAGAGAAUCCAUCCACUCAUGUCCUAUAAAUUAUAGUAAAUAAGAAAGGAAAAGCAUAUAAAACAUUCUGAAUUUCCUAGGUGUCUUUGGAAACAGGUCAAGUUACUCAGGUGAAUAAAAGUGAAAAAAGUCUUGUCAGAAAAGGAGUGAUUAUAUUAGGCAAAUUUAAUUACCACAUUUUGAUCUUCAUUACUUCAAGCAAAGCAAAGAACUUCUUUAAUGAUUCCUUGUCCUUCAGUAAGGAAAAAGACAAAACUCUCCUUAGUUUACACAGUAUUUAUGGUUUUUAAUAAAUCUUGUUUUUAUCUUAACCAGCAAGAUAAUUGAUACAAAGUAUAAAUCCAGUCAUGUAGAAAACUUGGAAGUAUCAAUAAAACAGAUUACAGUCUGUGCACUGAAUAUUCAUCUUAAUUGAUUGUUUAAUGGAGAAGCAAACUGUAUGACCUGAGACAAAAUAACAUUUAUCUAUGAACCUUAUUUUCCUCAUCUUUAAAACAGAACUACAAAAAUGCAGAUAGAUAGUUCAAGGGCAGGCACAUAGUUGAUGACUGGUGCUAGUUCUUCUAUUUAAUUAUAUUCUUUCUUUGCUGAGAGAUUUGAGGUAGCUCUUGUUGCAGUAUUAAUUUUUAUUUAGAAAGUUAGAGAACUUUCCUUUGGGAUGUUUUAAAAUUAUUUCCCUGGUCAUAAUUUUUAAUAUUAGGGUCUGUUUAUUUCAAAUACAAAAUAAUCUUUUUUUCCUACUGGGUUAACCAAAUGAGAUGUUUGUUUUUAACGUAUAAAAUAUUAUACAGUGUAUGUUAGCGCAACUUCUCAGGAUUUCUGAAUCUUAGAACUUUUUUAUUGAAAGAGAUCUUAGAAGCCAUCUAACCAACCCAGAUUGCUUAAUGAUUGUCUGGGCUCACAUAGCUAUGGGUGAUAGAAACUGGGAUUAGUUGUGACCAGUAACUCUCCAUUCUUUCUCCCUAAUGUGCAGCACCUCUCCAGUACUUCUGAAUAGAUUACACAGCUUUUCUUUGACUAGUCUGGGGGCUUGACCUGAUGCAAAAUGGAAUUUUUUUCCUCUGCCAACAAAAUUUCUCACUGCACUGCUUGCUACACAGACAAGAUUCAAAAUAAAAGUAAUGAUGGGUCAGGUGCGGUGGCUGAUGCCUGUGUAAUCCCAGCACUUUGGGAGGCCAACGCGGGCAGAUCACGAGGUCAGGAGAUCAAGACCAUCCUGGCCAACAUGGUGAAACUCCAUCUCUACUAAUAAUACAAGAAUUAAAUGUUACAUGAAAAACAUAUUUGAAACUGUACUGCCAUUUGUGUAAAACAAGGUACGUGGUGUGUGAACACCUUAUUUGCAUAUGCAUAUAAUUAUCUCUAAGGAUGCACAAGAAACCAGUGAUAGCUACGCCUCUAAGAAGAGGUUCAACUAGGUGUACUAGGUGGGCCGAUUGGAAUCUGCAGUUUUGUAUUAUUUGGACUUUUGUUUACAUUAUCCUUUCAAAAUACGUUGUAAAAAUACUAUAUGCAUUGAGGUGGGCGCAUCAUCUGAACUCGAGUUCGAGACCAGCCUGGGCAAUGUGGCGAAUCUUUGUCUCUACUAAAAAUACAAAAACUUAGCCGGGUGUGGUGGUGUGUGCCUGUAGUCCCAGCUACUCAGGAGGCUAAGAUAGGAGGAUCACUUGAGCCUGGGAGGUGCAGGUUGCAGUGAGCUGGAAUUGUGCUACUGCACUCCAGCGUGGGUGACAGAGUAAGACCCUGUCUCAAAAAAAAAAAAAAAGAAGACUGUAUGCAGAGCUGGGAGUGGUAGUCCACACCUGUAGUCCCAGCAACUUGGGAGGCUGAGGCAGGAGGAGCACUUGAAACCAGGAGUUCAAGUUCUUCUGUCUCAAAACAAAACUUAGCAGAGUAUAAUUAUUAGUAUUUCCAUAACAUUAUUUGUCUUGGUAUUUGAAUACAUUAGAAUUCUAUUUGUUCUGUAAUUAAUUUCUAACUCACUUUGAUGAAAUACCAAGUCAAAGGAAACAAAGUCAACAAAACUUAAUUUGUAUCCUUCAUCCUUUUGAACAGCAGCUAUGUGAACAUUUGGAAAGAACCUUAGUAAGGCGGCUUUUCUAUCACCUAUAAAAAGUUGCCAACAGACAUCAAAGGAGUUGACAAAAAAAAAAAAAAUGCAGGAAGCUGGAAGGCAGGCCUGGAUGGAAUUGGAACUGUGCUGCUGUGACUCCUUUCCCCAGUGCUAAAAAAUAGAUGUAGUCAGGAGGAACUAACAUAGAUUGGCAGUCACCCAUGCAUCUCUGGUGUUACCUUAGUCUUGUUUCAAGCAUACAAGCCACAAGUUUUUGGGUGUCUUAAACAUACCUAAGUUGUAGUCCUCUUUUUUUUUUUAACUAUAACUUCUAGGGUACAUGUGCACAACGUGCAGGUUUGUUACAUAUGUAUACAUGUGCCAUGUUGGUGUGCUGUACCCGUUAACUUGUCAUUUACAUUAGGUGUAUCUCCUAAUGCUAUCCCUACCCCCUCUGCCCACCCCACGACAGGCCCCAGUGUGUGAUGUAGUCUUUUUAAGUUCCAUUAAACAGGAUACUAAAAUGACCUUUUUUGGUGACUCUGCCUGGCUCUACCACUAACUGGCUUAAAAGCUGCUGGGUCUCUGCCUUUGUAAAGAGCACAUGAGUUUACAGAUGAGGUCUGUCUAUAUCUCCUCUUAUGUUUGUUUCUCUUAAAGACCUUCAAGUGAAAUAAAACAAAAUAGCUCUUUUAUGAAUACUACCUUUUGUUUUGUAUUUUACCUCAUAAGCUUUAAUGUAUUAAAAACAUUUCUAUACCAACA